AUGGAAAUGCAAUUUUUUUUUUUUUCUUCAGGAAUCCCAAACGUGACAAGCUUCACCCCAAAAUGCAAGAGGCUGGGAGGGGCUGGGGUGGGGGUGGAGAAGGUGGAUGGGGAGUUGGUCCUGCAAUACCCCAACCUCUUCCUUCCUGCAGCAUCCCUGUUCUACCCCUAUGGCUUGGACCAGAAAGACCAGAAAACCCCCAAACUUGAUGACGGUUCAUCGAAGAUGCUGUCCCUCUCCGUGCCCUUCACCUUCUAUGGCAAAAAGCACCAAACCCUUUAUGUGAACAACAACGGCGUGAUUUCCUUCGACAGCCGGGUCAACCAAUACACCCCCGACCCCUUCCCCCUGGCUGACGGGAGCUCCUUUGUGGCACCGUACUGGGGGGAUGUGGACAACGUGCUGGGAGGGGACGUCUUCUUCCGCGAGACCACGGACCCGACGCUGCUGGGGCUCAUCACCCAGCACAUCAACCAGUACUUCCCCAACAUCCCCUUCACCGCCACGUGGGCUUUCGUGGCCACCUGGGACCACGUGGCCUAUUACGGCUCCACCUCCAACAAGGGGAACACCUUCCAAGCCACCCUGACCACCAACACCGAGACGUCCUUCAUCAUCCUCAACUAUAAGGACAUCCAGUGGACCACGGGGGCGGCGAGCGGUGGUGACGCCGAAACAGGCCUUGGAGGGACCCCGGCCCACGCCGGCUUCAACAGUGGAGACGAAACCAACUACUACAAUAUCCCCGGCUCCCGCACCGAGGCCGUCAUAAACAUCACCAAGACCUCCAAUGUCAACGUCCCGGGGCGCUGGGUCUUCCAGGUGGAUGACUUCAAGGUGACGGGCGUCCCCACUGAGAUGCCCAAGGUCGCCGACAGCAACAACUGCUGGUUGAGUGCCAUGGAUGGCAGCCCGGGACGGAGAAAAGCCGAUGUACCGCUGCGAGGCUGGAUCACUGUGUUAUGGGGUCUUUUUUCCCUGUUCAACAUCGCAGCAUCAGCUCCUCAUCACCUGGGGAAAGAGUUUGUGGUGGCCUUCAUGCAGAAUGGUUUGCAGCAGACCCUCAACAGUGACUUCAAGCUGCUCAUCAGGGGUUAUUCGCCCUUCACGUCCGUAACCGUCUCCAUGAAGAAGCCAGGCUUGAGGAUGACGGUGCAGGUGACCACGGGGCAAACCGUCCUGGUGAAGAUCCCGCCCCAAGCCGAGAUGGUGGGGAGCAAAAUCUUUGACAACACCGUGGUGGUGAGGGCCAACAAUGCCAUCUCCUUGGUGGCCAUCAACGAGAAACCCACCUCGGCGGACUCAACCGUGGUGUACCCCGUGCACAGCUGGGACACGGAGUACCAAAUUGUGACACCCAAUGUGGGCACGGACCGCUACGGAGAGUUUGUGGUGGCCGCCUGGGAUGAGCCCACUACGGUUGACGUGCACCUCAAAGCCACGGUGAAUUACCAAGGCCAGUCUUACCCCCGGGGCUCAGUGCUCCCCAUCAAACUGGAGCCCUUCCAAGCAGCACAGCUACAAAGCCCAGCUGACAUGUCCGGCACUCGUAUCGUGGCGCAGAAACCCGUGGCCGUCUUCACCGGCCACACCUGCCUGGCCAGAUUUACCCAGUGCGACCAUUUGAUGGAGCAGCUCCAACCCGUUUCCAGCUGGGGCACCACCUUCAUCGUGCCACCGUUGCCUUUCGACACUCAAUCUGACAUCGUCUACGUCUCCACCUCCCAGAUGACACGCGUGGAGUCUCAACAUGGGGCGAGCAAAACUUCUCGGGAGCUACGGCCUGGCCGGUCGACGCUCUACGGACUCCAAGCCCCAAAUUCUUUGUACCUCUCUGCCAACAACGGCAUCCAGGUCAUUUUUUUUGCCGACGGGGGUAAUAAAGAUUCUAUCACUUACGACCCAUUUUUUAUGACCAUCCCCGAUGUCUCCAGCUACUGCCACUCCUACAACAUCUUCGCUCUGGAAGGGUACAAUAAUUACGCCAUAUUGAUAGCCAAGACCUCGGAGACGGCUGGAAUAAUGUUCAACAAAACGCCGCUGGGAAAUGUCGCGUGGAAGCCUGUCCCUGGCACCGACUACUCCUGGGUCAGGCAGAGCUUGGGUGGUCAAUUUGCUGUCCAUACGGUGGAGCACAAGACGUCCCCCUUUGGGUUGCUCAGCAUGGGGAUCCGGGAACAGAAAUCCUACGGGUUGGUGGCUGUGUGUGAUAGUGAUCCUUGCAGGGCCAUGAAAUGCCGCACCAAGGAGACGUGCAAAAUGGAGAAGGGGGAGGCCAUGUGCGUGCAUGACUACAUGGGAACCUGCAUGGGGUCGCAGUCCCUGCAGUACCACACCUUCGACGGGAUGACUGUGGACAUCCAGGGGGGCUGCACCUACACCGUUGCCAAAUAUUGUGGCAAGGAUCCCACCCUGGUGCCUUUCGUUGUGGAGGAGAAGAAGAGCGAGGGCAAUUUCAAGGAGUGGCUGACCAAUGUCCUCGUGCACGGCUACAACAUCUCCAUCCACAAGGGAGAAGGUGGCAAAAUCCAGGUCAACGACCAGCUCACCAGACUUCCGGCCACCCUGAAGGAUGGGAAAAUCCAAAUCUUCCAAAAUGAGGGUCGGAUCAUCCUGCAAACAGAUUUUGGGCUGCAGGUGACCUAUGACGAAGACUGGGCCAUAAUGGUGGCAGUACCCAGCAGCUACUUCGGGGCUACCUGUGGGCUCUGCGGGAACUUUAACGAGGAUGCAGAGGAUGAAAUGAAACUCGCCGAUGGCACUCAGGCUGCCAGCGUGGAGGACUGGGCUGAGAGCUGGCGAGAUCCCUCCUGCCAGGAUGAUUGUGGUGGUCAAGGGACAUUGCAGGACACGGAGGGCUGUGCUCAGAGGUGCCCCCAAAACAGCCACUUUGAGACCUGCGGGACGGCGUGUCCUGCCACCUGCGCCCACCCCAAAGCCCCAAUGUCCUGCAGCAAACCAUGCACGGCGAGCUGCCAGUGUGACGAGGGCUUCGUCCUCCAUGAUGAUGCCUGCGUCCCAGCAGAGUCCUGCGGUUGCUCCUACAACGACCGCUCCUACAAGGCCCAGGAGGAGUUUUGGGAGGACGGGAGCUGCCAGAGCCGGUGUCGAUGCGAGGCAGGGGGCAAGGUGGCUUGCAAGAAGUCUGGGUGCAAGGCCCAUGAGAAGUGCACCAUGGUUGAUGGCGUCCCCAGCUGCCAGGCCAACAAGUACUUCACCUGCAUCGGGACAGGAGAUCCUCACUACACCACCUUCGACGGGUUGAAAUAUGACUUCCAAGGGACAUGCAUCUACCAGUUUGCUGCCCUCUGCUCCCAGGACCCUUCCCUGGUCCCCUUCACUGUCAAGGUGGAGAACAACAACAGGGGCAGCAAAGCCGUGUCCUUCACCAAAACCGUCACGCUGGAGGUCUACGGCAACACCAUCAGCAUGAGCCAGGAGCAUCCCCGCAAGGUCAAGCUCAACGGUGCCUUCGUGGAGCUCCCAUUCACCCAGAAGGACCAGUUUGAGCUCUACCACAGCGGCGUCCAUGGUUUCGUCCGCACCAAAUUUGGCUUGCGGGUGAGCUUCGACUGGUACAGCUACGCGCGCGUCAUCCUCCCCGAUGCCUAUGCCGGUGCUGUCUGUGGCCUCUGUGGCAACGCCAAUGGCAACCCCAAUGAUGACUUCAUUGCCCGGGAUGGAAAACGUGCCAAGGAUGAAAUCCAAUUGGCCGAUAGCUGGAAGGUUGGAGAUGUCCCUGGUUGCUCGGCUGGUUGCGUGGGGGAUUGCCCAGUGUGCAACGAGGAGCAGAAACGACUCUACCGCGGUGAUGGCUACUGCGGGGUGAUCGCCAGGGCUGGGGGACCCUUCCGAAAUUGUCACCGGGCUGUCAACCCCGGGACUUUCCUGGAGGAUUGUGCCUUCGAUGCCUGUCAGUACAAAGGACGCCGGGAUAUCUUGUGCAAAGCCAUCGCCGCCUACAUGACCGAGUGCCAGAGCAACGGCGUCGGCGUGGAGCAGUGGAGGACGCCGUCCUUCUGCGCCCCUGUCUGCCCUCAGCAUUCCCACUACGAGCUGUGUGGGAACGGCUGCCCGACCACAUGCCGGGGCCGAGCCAGCCCCGAGGGCUGUGCAUCAGCUCCGUGCACCGAAGGCUGCUUCUGCGAUGAAGGUUUCGUCCUCAGCGGCGCUGAGUGCGUGCCGGCGAGCGAGUGUGGCUGCGAGCACCGGGGCCGCUAUUACAAGAAGGGCGAGGAUUUCUACGCCUCGUGCCAGGAGAGGUGCAUCUGCAAAGCCAACGGGGUGGUGGAGUGUAAGGAAGCCUCCUGUGGUGCCCACGAGGAGUGCCGAGUGGAGGACGGGGUGCUGGGGUGCUACCCUGCCGGCUACGGGCGGCUGGUGGUGUCGGGCGACCCGCACUACGUGACGUUCGAUGGGAGAGCCUUUGACCUCCAGGGGUCCUGCAACUACGUCCUGGCACGGGUCUGCAAGCCGGAGCAGCGGCUGGCCAACUUCUCGGUGCUGCUGGAGCACGAUGUCAGCGGACGGGGCAACGUGGCCCUGACGAAGAAAGUGGCCGUCUCCAUCCACGGGUACACGGUCAGCAUGGAGAGGGGUCGGAAGUGGGAGGUGACGGUGGACGGGGAGCACUUCACGCUGCCGCUGGUGACGGAGGACAAGAAGCUACGGAUUGGCCAAGAAGGGAACAACAUUGUCCUCCAGACCGCCGCCGGCCUCCGGCUCCUCUACAACGCGGCCACCUACCUCCUCAUCACCAUCCCCGAAGCCUACCGGGGCCGCGUCUGUGGGUUGGGUGGCAACUUCAAUGGGGACCCCGGUGAUGACUUCCAGCUGCCCGGGGGGUCCUUGGCGAAGAGCACCGAGGAAUUUGUCACCUCCUGGAAGAUGCCAGCAGAAGAUGGAGCAUGCACUGACGGUUGCAAUGGCAAUGCUUGCCCCGUAUGCGAUGCUUCUGCCACUGCUCCCUACAGCACCGGUGACUCCUGCGGGCUCAUCCGGGACCCAACGGGACCUUUUGGGACGUGCCACCACCGGGUGAGCCCGGUGGAGUAUUUCCACCACUGCCUCCAUGACGUCUGUGCUGCUGAUGGUGCCCGGGAUGCCCUGUGCCACAGCCUCCAAGCCUACGCCGCUGCUUGCCAGGCUGCCGGGGCUGAGAUUGGAGGAUGGAGAACGGUGACUUUUUGCCCCCUCUCCUGCCCACCGCACAGCCACUAUGAGCUCUGCACCCGUACCUGCGACUUCACCUGUGCCAGCCUCUCUGUGCCAGCCCCAUGCAGCUGGACGUGCUUUGAGGGAUGCCAGUGUGACGAUGGGUACCUCUUCGACGGAGAAGCCUGCGUGUCCCUGGAGCAAUGCGGCUGCGUGCACCAGGGACGGUAUUUUAAGGCGGGAGAGACCGUCGUCUCCAACAACUGCUCCACGAAAUGCAACUGCCACCCCUCCCGGGGACUCAUCUGCGAGGCCACCCGGUGUCCCCCAGACGAGGUCUGUGCCACGCGGGAAGGGGUGCAGAGGUGCAUCAAGCAGGAGGGCUGGUGCCGGAUCUCCCCGGGGGCCUCCUUGACCACGUUCGACGGUGCUGGGGGGAGGCUCCCCUUCAGCGGCACCUACAAAAUCGCCGCCCUCUGCGAUGAGCGGUCGCCCAACUGGUUCAAGGUGGUGGUGGAGGUCAGCGAGUGUCGGGAUGAUGGCAUCCCAGCCGCCGUGGCUAUCUUUGUCUUCUUCCGCGACGCUUUCAUCACCGUGAACAACAACAUGGAGGUGUGGGUGAACGGUCUCUUCACCCGCCUGCCAGCGGAGGUGUCUGAAGCCAUUUCCUUGAGCACGGCGGCAGGGAACAUCACCAUCUCCCACACGUCAGGGUUGGACGUGCUCUUCAGCCCCAGCGGGGAGGUGACCUUGACCGCAAGGGCCGCCUUGGUCAACCGUCUCUGUGCCCCCUGCGGCAACUUCAACGGGGACGCCAGCGACGACCUGAAGCUGCCCGACGGCCGCACUGUGAGGAACAUAGCAGAUGUCAUUGAUGCCUGGAAAGCCAAGGAUUUUGCGGGAUGCCGCGCCUCCAACAUCGUGCGGAUGGAAGUGGAAGCCCCCGUCUACCCCGUGCAGUAGGUGAAACCAUGAGGGGACAGAGGCAAGAGGAGAGUUUUCACACACACCAGCUCAUGCACUUCUUGUAAAUAGUCCUGCAGAGGUUUUCACGCAUAUAGAAGCACCAAGAAACGUCUCAGGUUGAGUUUCUGCAAGUGCAGAGGGAAAACUAGCACUGAGCUAUGACGGAUGUCAACGGUAGGAGGCAAAAAAAAAAAAGGCCUCAAAUUGGUGAGAAAAAUAAGUUUUUUUUAAAGGCCUGAUCUACUUCAGGUAGAGCUCAAUGCUGAGAUGACUCAUCCACACCGGAGCGGCCUGAAGGAAAGCGCAAUAAAUACCCCGAUCCACAAUAAGCACAAAAUGGAGGGUGGCAGACCCAAAUCCCUGCCAUUUUUCCCCAGAAAUGCACUGUUCCUGUUGACUGUUUUCAGUAUAAUGCUGCCUGCUGUUGGGUUAAAAAUAAACCUUUUUUACAAUAUU